UUGGCACAGACAAAAACAAAAUGUAGUUGCAACUGAUGUCUUGUUACAAAUGUAUACAAACAUUUAUUUAUUGGGCAUUCAGGAUUGUGGAUGAUUUGCUUUCACUCCAGUUCUGUGAGACUGAUGAAGACAAUGUGGAAACCUCAGAUCCCUUAAGGGCAUUAUAUUUCUGCUUCUAUAAAGUUGAUUAAAAAAUCUAGUUGCAUUUGAUGCUUGGAGACACGAAGAACUGAACAUGCUGGAAUCUCAAGCAAAAUAAAAAGUGCUGGAGGAUUUUAAUAGGUCAGGCAACACCUGUGGAGGGAGUGGACAGGUGAUGUUUCGGCUCAGGAUCCGUCUUCAGACUGAAACAUCGCCCGACUAAAGAAGGGUCCCGACCAGAAAUGUCUGUCCAUUCCCCUCAUAAAUGUAGACACAAAGAGCUGGAGUAACUCGGACAUCUCUGGAGAAAAGAAAUAGAUGACAUUUCGGAUCGAGACCUUCUUCAGUCUAUCUUCGGUUUAAACCAGCAUCUGCAGUUCUUUCCUACACCCCUCACAGAUAUAACCUGACCCAUUUUCCUCCAGCACUUGGUGUUAUUCUGCUGGUGCUUGAGGGCUUGUCACAAAUUUAUGUAAAGUAUUUCCUGAGCAGUCAUCACUUAUGUGCCAGAUCAAUGUGUUUACAUAUCUCUACCACACUUCCAGAAGGGUACAGCUUGAUACUCAAACCCCGACGGGCCUCUCAACUCAGGAACACACCAGACCAGAUCUACCUCUUGGUUCAGGAAAAUUGAAAUAUUGCCUGUUAAUUCUCAAUCAACCAAUGGACAACGAUCAGUUUCAACGCCUUUGGAGCAAAGCGGUUUUUCGAGCUUGUGCUGAUGGUGGAGCAAAUCAACUCUACGAACACACAAAAGGAAGACAAGAAAGAUUUCUGCCGAACUUCAUCAGUGGAGAUUUUGAUUCCAUUAAACCAGAAGUAAAAGAGUUCUACAAAGCCAAGGAUUGUGAGAUCAUUGACACAAUGGAUCAAGACCUCACUGACUUUACAAAGUGUUUACAGAUACUACUUCAGAAAACAACAGAACAAGGAUUGAAGGUUGAUGUCGUGAUCGUACUUGGUGGCCUUGCUGGACGCUUUGACCAGAUCAUGGCCAGUGUGGAGACUCUCUUUCAUGCUACAAAGAUGACAAAGAUGCCCGUUGUGAUCAUUCAAGAAACGUCCCUGGCAUAUUUACUUCAGUCUGGUUACCAUAGAUUGUGUGUCAACACAGGCCUAGAAGCGAAGUGGUGUGGCCUUAUCCCAGUGGGAAAUCGGUGCAAUGUAACAACAACUGGACUCAAGUGGAAUCUGACCAAUCAAGUACUUCAGUUUGGGAAACUGGUCAGCACCUCUAACACUUACGAUGGAAGUGGGACUGUCACAAUAGAAACCGACGAACCUCUGCUGUGGACAAUGGGAAUCAAGAGGCAACUUAAAUGAAGUGUGCU